CGUCCAACACCGAGAAGCCGCUGACCCAGAAGAAACAAGACCGGGAAUCGGAUGCCCUUUUUCGCGGCAGCAGCCGGGCUGCUUCGACAAAUACUGGACAUCACUUGGCCUGCCGACAGGAUGCCCCCGGGGGAGGCAUAUGGCAGCCAGGGCCAGCAGCAAUCACAACAACUGCACGCAGCACUGCAGCCAAUUCAUCAACUGCACCAUCAUCAACAGCUGGAGCAACAGCAGCCGUUACAAACUGGCCCUCAGGCCGCACCGCCGCAUCCACAUUUCUUGAAUCCAUAUCCCAACGGAAAUGCGCAGUAUCAACACCAGCAGCAUGCCCAAUACAAUGUCCAUUCCGCAUAUCCGCCGCAGCCAGCCCAGUUCUAUCACAGCGGUACCCCGCAGUAUACGAACUACAAUGCCGGAUUCCAGAACCACCAACCCGCGCUCGCGCCGGCGCCAGUGCUAGCGCCCGCACCGCCGCCCGCCUCUCUAUUCGUCGACCCAUCGUAUCUCCAGAACCCCUCCGCGCCCCGACCGGCCGGCAACAUCCUGCCCGCAUCGCAGCCAGUGACGGCAGUGAGCCCCCAAGUACCGCAUGCCAUGCAACCGCAGUCGCAGUCGCACUCCCAACCACGGCUACAUCAGUUAGCACCUGCAAUGGGGAGUCCGAGAUUGGACGUGAGAAGGCCGCCAACACAUGGCUUGCCGGUAAAGCAGCCUACAAAAGAAGCGAGACGACCAAGUUCUAGCGCCGGCAUCGCCAAGUCCACCGCCGUGCCCCAGGUCUCGCCGCACCUCGAAACGCUUCCGCUCCUGCUGUGCGUUGCCGAGGACUGUUUCAGUAAAGCUUAUGCAGCAUCCACACGGGUUGCCAGGUCCAUGUCCGAGAGCGAAGUCGCAGAGCAUCACAAGCUGAUAGCGACUGGGUUGGGCUGUUUGGAUGUUGCGCUGCAGUCGAAUAAGCUGUGGCCUCGUCUCGAAGCCAGACUGUGUCUGCGUUAUGCCAGUGUGCUUAUUGAGGAGACGACAAACAUAAUGGAGGCCGAGACCACAUUGACACGGGGCAUUGCAGUGUGCGAGAAGCAUCGCUUCAUUGACCUCAAGUACAGCUCACAGUUCCUCCUGAUCAGGACCCUCUUCCAGCGCAGCCAAAAGGCGGCUUUCAAGUCAAUAGAAAGCCACAUUGCGGAUUGUACAACAUAUAAACAUGUCCACUGGAUAUAUGCCUUCCGCUUUCUCAAAGUCGCGUUCCAUGUUCAGUCGGGUACAGCCGCCGAGCACCAGGCCAUUGAGAAUCUUCGCAAGAUUGCGGGAAUCGCAAAUCAGUGCGGAGACAAGGCGAUCUUUGUCAUGGCCAUGCUUCUUGAGGGACUCGCCCAUCUCAGCACUAUGAAGGACGACUGGGCAACGCGCGUGCAGAUGUGCAUCGCCCAGGCGUCCAAGCUGCAGCUGGAUGAAUCUACCCACUCUCCCCAGACUGAUGUAUUAUUAUUACUGCUUGACCUUGCGUGUAGUCUCCAUCAAAAAACUCAUCACAUAUCAGCACAGAAGUUGUCGGCUCUUCAGAAAAGAUUAGAGGAGCUCAAGAACUCGCAAGACUGGGCGUCCCAUCACGGAGAAAUGCUACUGCCUAUCAAGCGAUUGCACAAUGCGUCCCAAACCAUCAGCAAUGACACAAGAGCAAUUCUUCGUCCAGGGGACGACGGUGUCGAUUACCUUGUAUUGCAGGCUUUGGGAAAACAGGAGGCCUUUGCAUUAGCGUUUGUAUUCAACGGCAUCGUCGCGCACUACAAAUCGUCUACCCCAGGCCGGAGUUCGACCAUGUGGGGAGAGGCGCUUAGGUUGUUAGAAGAUACAUCCACAUCAUUCAAAUGCCUUCCGGAAGCGCUUGCCCAAGCGGAGUGGACCAGGGGGCUUGCAUGUUACGCUCACAUUCUCACCGGCCUGCAAGCUUCGACCUUGUGUGACUGGGCCAAGGUCAAGGCGUGUCUUGAAAAGGCACAAGAGUGUCAAGAUGGGUCGGAGACUUUGAAUGUGUUGAUAAUAUAUCUGGAGGGUGUCUUUCACCAAGGCACGGCGCAACUCGGUGAGGCGCUCGAAAUCUGGAAGGAUAAGACCUUUGAGAUGGACUGGAGCGGGGCACCCAAACGUGCUGGCAGCCACAUCGAGACGGAACUCUCAAUUCUGGCCGCCCUUAACCGGCUCUGGAUCAUGCAGGAUCUGCAACGACGGGACGACGCCGAGACGGCAGAAUUAGUGGACUUGUUGCGGCCAAUCUGCGACGAUAACCCGGACCAGGAGAUACGCACCGUCUACAAUCUCGCGAUGGCCGCCCUUGAGGUAAAUCCGCCCCUGUCGAUGAAUCAGGUCAAGCGGCACAUCCAGCAGGCGCUCAACGGCGCCCAGCAGGCGAGCAACACACAGUACCUCUCCAUAGCGCUCAACGUCAUGCGUCGGAGGCUGUUUGAGGACGUGGUUGGGGAGCAGGCGCUCAAGAGCGCCAGGGCCGGGUCGGCACAGGCCAAGAGGAGCGGAAACGUGCUCUGGAUGAGCGUUGCCGACGGCAUGCUCGCGCAGUCGUUAGAGGUGCAGGGAGCCCUGGAGGAGGCGAGGAAGACACGAGAAAAUGGGAGAAGGCUGGCUAAUGAGGCGUAUGCUAGAACACGGGUCUGAUCUGUGUCUGUCGGUGUACUACAAGCAUCUGCUUUUUUGGUUCAAGGGAAAUGUAUCUGGCUGUGGCAAUUGUUUGGCGCUGGUGUGCUUGGGAUGGAGGGGCAGGAGGGAAGGUCGACAUCCAUUUACGGUGUAUACCCGGCGAUCUUGGCCUGUCGACUAUCUUCUGCUAUCAUUAGCUGAGCGGAUGUGUGAUACCUAUGACUGGCAGACAUGCAUGGCAUUCUAAUACUCAGGGGCUAAUGUUGCUGUUCGCCGUUGACAGAUUUCAGGGGUCGGGUAAGCUACCCGUGGGCUGGACCUUCAUUGCAUUCAGGGGCUCACUUAGGUACGAAGUACGGAGUACAGUACUGAGGUGCAAAAUCCAGGGACGGCUCGGGCUAUGGCGUUCGGAACGCCAGAUCGUCCCAAAACCCAAAAACCGCAGAACUUUUAUCUAUUUACCGUAUCCCAGGUGUCUAAAUUUGAAG